AUGAUAUCAAAGCAAGGUGCUCAGUUCUUGAUUGAAGAUUUUUCCAAUCCAUAUUUCCUCCAUCAUGGAGAAAGUCCUGGUUCAAUCUUGGUUUCUCAGCCUUUGAAUGGUGAGAAUUAUUAUACAUGGAACAGAUCAAUGUUGACAGCUCUCAAUGCCAAGAACAAAAUAGGUUUUGUGGUUGAAACAUUUUCUCAGCCUGACGAUCAGGCUGAUCCAUUGUAUAUUUUGUGGUUUCGUUGCAACAAUAUGAUGCUUUUGUGGAUUUUGAAUUCUCCCACACGAGAGAUUGCUGCCAGUGUUAUCAGCUCUUCAACUGCUAAAGAAGUUUGGAAGAAUUUGAAAAAUAGAUUCAUACAAGAUAAUGGCCCUAACUUAUUUCAACUCAAGAAAGAUCUUGUUUCAUUAGCUCAAGAUGAAUCUUAUGUUAGUUCUUAUUACACAAAGCUGAAAGCUAUGUAG